ACCUUUUGAACUCAAGACUUCGGAUUAUCACGGGGAGACUUUCACACCUUUUGUUGCGUAGUUUUAUUUAUUUAUUUAAAGAAAGGAUUCUGCAACCUGCAUGGAGGGAUGUGGGCAUGGCUUGCACCAGGAGAACCAAAACUUUGGUGUCUACAUGCGUGAUUCUGAGCGGCAUGACCAACAUCGUGUGUCUGCUCUAUGUCGGCUGGGUCACUAAUUACAUCGCAAAUAUUUACAUUAAAGUCCCUAUGCCUUUCCCGGAGAGAAAGUUAGAGGUGGGGGACCACAGAGGAGACACUCUUCGAAUCAUGGAGAGACUUGAUCGCUUGGAGAAUGUGGUCAAUCAACACAUACAAGAGGCUCCAGGGCGAGGGGAAGAUGAGCAGGCAGACACAUCCUUCUCUGACUCGUCUCUCUUUGCUCACUGGGGUCAGGAGCUCAGUGCCGACAAUCGACGGGUGGCGCUCAAGAUGUUCCAGUACUACGGCUACAACAGCUACCUCAGUGACCGUCUCCCUUUAGACCGGCCAAUACCAGAUCUCAGGCCUACUGGGUGUAGCAACCUCACUUAUCCUUUAAACCUCCCACAAGUGAGCAUCGUGUUCAUUUUUGUGAACGAAGCUUUGUCUGUCAUCCUGAGGUCCAUCCACUCUGCCAUUAGCAAGACGCCCUCCCACCUUCUCAAAGAGAUCAUUCUGGUGGACGACAACAGCAAUAACGAAGAGCUGAAGGAGAAGCUCGACGAUUUUGUGGCAGAGACUAACAGCCAACGGCCGGGAUUCAUCAAGAUGGUGCGGCAUUCCAAGCAGGAGGGCUUGAUCCGGUCCAGAGUCAGCGGGUGGCGGGCUGCCACUGCACCAGUUGUUGCUCUCUUUGAUGCCCACGUGGAGUUCAAUGUUGGCUGGGCUGAACCCAUUCUUCAGAGAAUUCAGGAGGACAGAACUCGCAUAAUCUCCCCUUCAUUUGAUAACAUCAAGUAUGACACAUUUGAGAUUGAAGAGUAUGCGCUGUCUGCCCAGGGCUUUGACUGGGAGCUGUGGUGUCGCUACCUCAACCCCCCCAAGUCCUGGUGGCACAAAGGUAGCAAAAGUGCUCCCAUACAGAGCCCCGCCCUGAUUGGCUGCUUUGUGGUGGACAGGCUGUACUUUGAGGAGAUAGGUCUCCUGGAUGAGGGGAUGGAGGUGUACGGUGGAGAAAAUGUGGAGCUGGGCAUCAGGGUGUGGCAGUGUGGCGGCAGCGUGGAGGUCCUGCCUUGUGCCCGUAUUGCCCACAUCGAGCGUGCUCAUAAACCCUACACAGAAGACCUGACGUCUCAUGUACGACGCAACGCCCUCCGAGUGGCGGAGGUCUGGAUGGAUGAGUUUAAGAGCCACGUCUACAUGGCGUGGAAUGUUCCUCAGGAGGACUCUGGAAUUGAUAUUGGGGACAUCUCAGAAAGGAAAGCUCUGAGAAAGAGGCUGCAGUGUAAAACUUUCAGAUGGUACCUGGUCAACAUCUACCCUGAGAUGAGGAUGUACACUGAAACCAUCGCAUAUGGCAUAAUGAAAAACUCCCUGAAGAGUGAUCUGUGUCUAGAUCAGGGCCCUGACAAUGACAACAUUCCCAUCUUGUACCUUUGUCACGGAAUGACACCCCAGAACGUGUACUACACCAGUACUCAGCAGCUCCUGGUGGGCCUCCUCAGUCCCACUGUCGAUGACGAUGACAACAAGUGCCUGGUGGAUGUGAACAGCAGACCACGCCUCAUCGAGUGUGGCUACGCCACAGCUAAACGCAUGAAACUAAACUGGCUCUUCACUCAGGGAGGAUCCAUCCAGAACAAGAAAUCAAAGAGAUGCCUGGAGCUGAUAAUGAGCAGUGACACUGAGUUUGGCUACCAAUUGGCUCUGCAGAAGUGCACCGGACAGAAAUGGUUCAUCACUAACGUGUUGUACAGCAGUGCAUUAUGAGCACACAUGUCUUACUCUGUGUGCGUGUGUGUGUGUCUGAAAGUGUAAUGCUGCAUUCCAGACAGCUGGGAAGUAGGACGUAUCCCACUUGGAAACAUCAAGAGUCAAAAGAAAACAUGUUGGACAACCUCAAUAAGCAUGACAUUUAAACUUUUCCCAUUGAAAACAAUCAUUUCAGUCAUGCAGCAAACAUUUUAAUAUUCUACAUUAGUUAUUCUCAGGGCAUUGAACAGUCCAGUUGCAGUCUUUAUUUUAUUUUAGUUGUAUUUACUGAAAGUAGCUAACUAAUGUAGAGUGCCUGUGAACAUUGUAAAUACAACUAAAAUAAAAUAAAGUAAAACUACUGCCUCUUUGAAAACACCUGGGAGCAGGGAGGUGUUUGCAGAGCAAUACUGUCACCCAGUGGUAUUUUCUAGGUAAUACUGGAAUUAAUGAAGCCUUGUUUGUUGUAGGAACACGUCUAUGUUUUAUUGCACAGCUGUGAAGUUUCUCUCCUCAUUCUCAUGUUAGUUAUUAGCAAUCAUGCUAUGGUAAGAUGUAUUUAUUCAUGUAGGUAGUAUCUAUCCUACAUUGCAAUAACUAAGAAUUCUGGUUCUAUGGUUUUUCAUUGCCAAAGAAAAAGCAAAACACAUUUGUGGAGUUAACCCUUUAGGUGCUCACUGAGCUGAAAUCUCACAUGUUUUUUUGACAUCUCAUGUGAUGGUUUGAAGUUUACAUUUGACCUAUUGACGUGCUGUCUCUUUAUAUUUGACCAAAUUACACCAUGUGGCUGCAGCGCCAGUUCACACCAGUUUUAAUAGUUUCAGGGUCGUGGUUUAGCUGUGGCCAACUCCAGCUGACUUUGGGGGAAAAAAAGCAGACUACAAUGCAAAUAUGAGCAAUAGAAUCUUUUAAUUGACGUUUUGAAUUCCCGAUAGGCAACGUCUGGUGUCAUCUCAAUGAAGUCAAAGAACAUUAGUUUGCCCUCAAUUGGCAAGUAGGCACAAUAACUUCAAGCAGCGUUUCAAUGCACUUUUUCUUGACCAAGGUGGAAGGUGUCUUUCUUCCCUGUUUUCUGGAACGCAGCAUAAGAACAAAGAGAAGUGGAUGAGGAUUAACUUUGAAAUGUGUAUUUUAAGCGCAUUUGAUGAUUAAGUAACAUCUUAUGGCGAUUGUUAAAACUUGUAAUGGAUCACCGAUAGGUAUUCUUAUGACAAGCUGGUGUACUGGGUCCAUUUUAUGGUGAAAGCAGUACAGUCGGUUCAUUGACUCUAAAGAUGUACUGGGUUAAACGUGUUUUGUUCAUAACUGCUACUGUGUAGCAAUCUGUUUCUGCUGUAAUUGUUUUAUUUUAAAGUCUCAGGUUUAUUAUGUGAUUUAGCUGUACAGUCAACGGGGCAAUGUGGGACAAAUGAAAAAUGUUUAGAUUAUUUUCUGAUUGUAAAUGACCCAAAUAUUUGUAAUAUAUAACAGUAAAGUCACUGCUUUAAACCGUUUAAAGUGCAUGUGACUUUUUUGUGCAAUUCAGACAUCAAGAAUAAAGGCCUUUCAACCAAUAAAACUUUGAAAUGCUGUGCAGCAAAAGCAUCAAAAGUAUGAAACAACUUUGAAAAUAUAGAAAACACAAACAACUCCUUUCAGUGCAUAGAGACACAAAAACUAGAGGCAGUAGAUUUACAGGAAAAUA